AGAAAAUAACAAAAUAUCAUAAAUAAUUAUGAGAAAAAAAAAGUCUUAGAGGGUGAUAUUGCUUAUGAGGUAUAUAUAUAUUGGCAAAAAUGAUAACUAUGUGAUAAGCAAAAUGUUAUGCUAAAAAGUUGCAGGAGUUUAAAAUUUAAAUCGUAUGUUCCGCUGAUAAUUGAUGGACAUUUAUAUUCAAUAUGGUAGCCAUGGUGGUAUUAUGACGGUCAACAUCCGCGCACGCGCUAUUUAAUCAGUAAACUAAUUAUUUAAAGUAAAUAAUGUCACUUGUUCGGCAUAAUUUUCAUUGUCUUUGGUACGCGCGAACCGAUAUAAUUAAAUCAGCCAACCAAAGGCAGUAAAAUUUCCGUUAUACUGUUAAGAGGCUUACGGUCAGCAUCUGGUAAGCGAAAGAGAACGUAGUCGAGCCUGUAGUUUGGUAUGCCUGAGUCGCCGCGCGCAGCACCGCACGCAUACACUUAUGGCACAAUCGCGUGCACAUAACCUCCCCACCAUAAUACGCGAAACGGGAUUUCGGUUCUGUGUUUUUUCCGAGGCCGGUCAAAUUCCAUAUUCGUGUAUUGGCAUCGUACAUAAUACAAACGAGUUAUAUGCAGCAGCUGUGCGCCCGCGCGCGCGCAUUUGUAUGUGUGUGUUGCCCGUUGCACAUUUUAUCUUCCCCUCCCCCCUGCUAUCGUCCAAAUAAAUAAUAUCCCAGUGUCUCGGUCUCCAUCGUACGUUUAUCAGGCGGCCAACGAUCGUCAUCGCCGUGGUCGUCUUCUGGCGCGUCGUCGCAGCUUUGCGCAACUCCUCCGAGCGAGAGGCAGGAGGACCGUUAACGCAUUAUUCGCCGGGAAAGGGCAUCCCUGCGUAGAAACGCUUUUAAAGGACGGAGAAAGCAGGGGAAGGAUGGAAAAUCCGGAGGAGGUGCUGCAGGCGCUCGACGAGUUCCAGAAGAUGCGACCGUCCGAAAUACCAAGAGAGUUGGAGGACUAUUUGUGCUGGGUGGCCAGGACCGGUGACCCAGUGUAUCAAUGGAGUCUUAUUAAGGCUCUGUUCAGAGAGAAGCUCAUGCGAGUGAUGACUGAUUUCUACGAAAACUGUCCAACCCUUGACCUCACACCGUGUCCCAACGUCGAGCAGUUUAAUUAUGACAUUAUGAAGAGUACUCUACUGGAGCGCUUGGAAAGCUUUGCUAAUGCUCCAUUCACGGUACAACGAAUAUGCGAACUCCUUACGACGCCACGAAAAGAGUACAAUCGUAUAGACAAAUUCAUGCGAGCCAUAGAGAAGAAUAUACUUGUGGUUUCGACAAGAGAACCAGGACCAUAUGGUAGGCGCAGUGAAAAUGGUGAUAGUCUGGUCAAUGGGUCCAUUGAAGAUGAGACUUCUCAUCAUGGACAGACUUCUAAUGAGGUUGAAAUGGAAAGUUGGGUAAAAGACUGUACUGAGACGACCGCUGUUCCUGUAAAUCCAGAAAGUAACGAUGAUAUAUCCGUAGAGAAUGGCUUGAAUUUGCCAUUAAAAACUGCAUUUAGUAAGCACGAAAGAAUAGAACAAAUUUCAGCCGUUGAUGCUACCACCUCUAGCUUUGUUACAUCCACAGUGGACUUUUCAACCGCAACAACUGCCAAUACGCAAAUUGCAGUACAAGAAACUGCCACUGUGGUGCAGAAUUUAACGACUGUGAAUCACGAUGCAGUUGCGAUCGUUGGCGACGUCUCUGAUGCUAUUAUGAACGAAGAUACUAGUUCGCAGCCUAGCUUGGAGUUGGAGAGUGACGAUAAUGACAGUAGUGAGUCUAAAAAGCUGCAAACAACUUUCCAAGCAAAAGACUUUUCAUUGGACGAAGUUAAAUCCCCAAAAAUAUACUCGGAAGCACUGAAAGGUGUUAAAACAGAAGACAGCAUCGAGUGUAAUGAAUCUAGCAAAGAAUGCGACCAACUUAUCGAGUCUGCAUAUUUGGGUGAAAAAUUAUUGAACGAAAGUACAGAUGAUUCAGAAAAUUCUGAUAAGAAAGAUAAUUUAGAUACUCAUUCCACUGUAAGUGAAAUAGAUCAGGUUGAUAAAAAGUUUGUAACCAAAGCAGAAGAUAGUGAAAACUGUGAAUCCAAGUCUAGCACGUGUGGGGACAGCCUUCCACUUAUAAACAAUAAUUUGGAUGUGAAAAAAGAUGAGGUAGAAGAUGACGCCGAAGACUCGACUAAAACUUUAAUCGAGGAGAAAUGUGAUAUCGAUGUAAAAAAUGAAAACACAAGUGAAUCGGUUAUUGAGGAGAAUAGACCAGAUGUAUCCGACUCAUCUGAAAACGACGUUAAGGAAUUAUCUAAAGAAGUAGAAACUGAAGCUUCGAACACGGAAGACAAAAUUAGUGUCGAAGAAUCUCCUUUAGUAACGACAGAUUCUGACGACACUGCCAAGGUAGAGAGUGUCGAAUUAACGCUAGAAAAAAGUGUAGAAGACAACAUGGAAUCGAGUAAAACUGCAGUUUCCAAUUCAAUUCCCAUUAUCGAGGAACCCAAAGACACCACGGAAUUGGUAGCCAAAGACGCGAGUAGUUCGGUAUCAGUUACUGAAGUGACGAGUGAAUUAGAAGAUGACACGUCCACUAUAAAGAACGACUUAGCCAAAUUGCCAACCGAGUCAAGUCAAGUAGAGGAUAACGAAAUGAUCAUUUCAAGUUGCGAAGAAGCACAAAGCAAUAAAGGGACGACAGAAUCAAUGGAUAUUGAUAACGAAGGUCUAAUGUCGAGUGCACAACAAGACGAGCCAAUGGAGCAAGAGACGAUUGAAGCCAUGAACAGUUAAUGAUUAAGAUAUGAUAUUAAAUAAUGGACUCUGGUCUUUUUACAAAUUGAUUUUUGUUACACAACGUUUGACGAAUAAAGAGUGUGUAUUCGUAAUAUCAGGAACUAUGACACGAAACCAUUGUUCAAAAUUAAUAUUACAAAAUAAUUUAAAUUUGUUCAAAGU